AUGGCGCUGCGUGACCUGCAGCCGUCCAUAACAGAGCUCAUCAUAUCCGGCAACCCCUCUUGGUCCAGCGGCCUGCCCAGCAGCGCGCUCGUCGCCGCCGCGUGCGCGCCGGGGCUGCGGCGGCUCGAGGCCCGCGGCUGCCGCGGCGUCCGCAGGGCGCCCAUGGAGGAGGCCUUGCUGCGGGUCAGGGGGCGCGACCUGUCUGGGUGCGACCAGCGGGACCUGAUUUAUGCUGACCCAGCGACGCUCACCCUGGACCUGGAUUUUGUGGUAACCCCCGGCCCCGAUGACGCGGGCGGCGCCGGCGCCGGGGGCGAGGGCCCGGCUUGGCUGCCGCCCGAAGUGCCGCAGCCGCAGGGCUGGCCUGCUGGAGGAGGCGGCCCUCCAGUCUGGGUGGGCGACGCCUGGCCGGGCGGCGGCGGCGGGCUGCAAUUGUUUCUGAACCCGGCAAACCCGGGCGGUUGGCCGGCGGCCAUGGUCGGCCCGCAGCCCCAGCCUGCGCCCGCUGGCUGGCUUGCCGGCGGCGGCGCCGGCGAUGCGCAGCUGGGGCCGGCAGGGGACGCCCCAGGCGCGUUUGGCGGCGGCGGCGGCGGCGGGGGCGGUGCGGCCGUGCAAGGGUUUGACGGCGGUGGGGGUGCGGGGAUGGGCGGCGCCGCCGCGGCUGUCGUGCAGCAGGCGCAGCAAGCUGUUGCCGCCCUGCAUCAGCAGCUCCAAUUGCAACAGCAGCAGCUGCUUCAGCAGCAGCUGCAGCUGGAGCAGCAGCAGCUUCAGCAGCAGCAGCAGCAGCAGCAGCAGCAGCAGCAGCAGCAGCAGCAGCAGCAGCAGCUGCUCCAGCAGCAGCAGGUGGAGCAGGUGCAGCAGGUGCAACAGCAGGUGCAGCUGGUGAUGCCGCCGCAGUGGCAGCAGGUGGCGCACCACUUGCAGCAGCAGCUGCAGCUGGUGCUGCCGCCGCAGUGGCAGCAGGUGGCGCACCACUUGCAGCAGCAGCUGCAGCUGGUGCUGCCGCAGCAGUGGCAGCAGGUGGUGCACCACUUGCAGCAGCAGCUGUUGCAGCUGCUGCAGCAGCAUCUGCCGGAGGAGUUUGCCGUCGCCGCCGGAGCCGCCGCCAACGCCGCCGCUGAUUUUGACGCCCUGCAGGCGGAAGCGGGCGGUGGCGGCCUGGUUGCAUUGCAGGCGGCAAACCAGGGGGCGGGGCAGCAACCAGCACCGCAGCCGCAGCCGGCUGCAGGGCCGGCGCAGGCGGGCGCCGGCGCGGCGGCGGAAGGCGCGGAGGCAGCGCCCCACCAAGGAGCGAUGGACCUUGCUGCGGGAGCGGGCCAGGACGCGCCGGAGAUCGCGCCCCUGCAGCCGGCUGCAGGGCCGGUGCAGGCGGGCGGUGGAGGAGAAGGGGGAGGCGCGGGUGGCGAGCAGGCGAUGGGGCCAGCAGCCGGGGCGGCGGCUGCGGGUGCGGGCGGCGACGGCGCAAUGCCGGCGCUGGUAAUGGUUGACUCAGAGGAUGCCGACCAGUGA